CUGGGGCCGCUGCUCGGGCGGGAGGUGUCCGUGCCCGGCUCGGGGCUGGCACGGCAUGAACCUGAACGUGCCUCAGACCCCAGAGCACUGCAGGCGCCGAGUGCGGGCACAAAGCGCCCUGCUACCGCGCCUCUGGGCAACGGGGACAGCACAGCCACAGCUGCCCCCGCACGGCCGGCACCAGCAGCGACCUCUCAUCGUGUCCCUUUCAGGGUGCCAUCAGCGCGGCUGUGAAGCUGUUCCCGAGGCCGAGCUCCCAAAGGAUCUGCCAGCACUCCUGAUGUAUCAGCAGCAAGGUGCUGUUUCUUCCAGCCACAGAGAUGCCGGCUGUGAGCAGGAGAAGAGUGAACUCUGCUCCAUGAGUAGAGUUGAGAAUGAGCCCCAGCAUCUCCAGGAGGGACCAGCAGCCGCCCUUCCACACUUGCCUGGGGCCCAAGAAGCCUCUUGGCAUAAGCAGGGGGAUGCCACUUGUGAGCGUGCAGUGAGUGCAGAUGUGGAGAAUGGAUUCUGCACCAGUGACGGGAGCGUGAGGGAGCCCCUGGCUCCCCAGGGCACAGCAGCAACGGGCAAUGAACACAAAAGGAACCUCAGAAGACUCCUGGGUGAACGGUUCAGGUGCCAUCCCGUGGGCACGGCGGUGCUGAUUCUGCUGCUCCUGGUGCUGGUGCUGGCUUUGGGGGCGGCCUUGGCUGUGCAGUCAGCACCACAGGUUCCAGUCACACCUGCGACUCUGCUGCUGGGCUGUCCCCAUGGCUGGGUGGGCUACAAUGGGGUCUGCUACAACUUCUCACUGGAUUACAGCACAUGGGAUCAGGGUCAGGAACGGUGCUCCGAGCUCAAUGCCUCCCUGGCCAUUGCCAAGGAUGAGGAGGCCAUGGAUUUGCUCUUCCGCCUCUGUGGGAACGUCGAUUACUGGCUCGGGCUGCGCAGACGGGGCGAGCGCCUGCAGUGGGGGGACGGCAGCAGCUACAGCUCCCGGUGAGUGCCGGGGAGCCGGGCAGGGCCUGGGGGCACAGGGGCACAAGGGCUUCCCCUGGCAGCCAGCGCUGCCUCUGCUCCUCCCUGCAGGGUUCCUGUCGAUGGCAAUUCCGAGUGUGUGUACCUGGCUGAGAGGAGAUUCAAGAGUGACAACUGCUCCCAUGAGCGGCCGUAUGUCUGCAGCAAGGCCCAAGCUCCCCUGUAACAGGGGCUGCACAAAGGACCUUCUCCACGCUGGGCAGUGCCAGCUUCACCUCUGAGCCCAGCACAGCGCUGUCCUUCCUCAGCUGCGCCCUGUGCCUUGCACUUCCUCUCAGGGUCACCUCAGUGCCUCUCCAUCCCCAGUGCCAGCGCUGGGCUGGGGCUGCAAAGGAAAAGUCUCUGCAAUCCAUCCUGCCACCGAUGCUGCCCGGACUA